UACUGCUUCUUCUUUGGGGGAGAAGCGGACGGAGGCGGGUUCUUCGUCUGCUUCUGGUUUGAGGGUGUUGCCGGUCUUUGAGGGCUCUGUUUCUGAAGGAGGAUCCAUUCUGGCGUUUGUGGUAGCUGUUGAAGCUGUCGAGAGCUUCCUGGCGACGUCAGUUCGUCCCUGAAAGGUGGGGGCCCGUGCGAAACUCGGAAUACUUUGUACGAAUGGUGAAUGGUUGUAACUACUAUAAAUUUUAUUUUGAAGGAAGUUCAUGAGUCUUCACCACCAUACACGAUCAUUACCGUCCCAACUUCCGUUCCAUAUCACUCCAUAUCGUCACAGACAAAAUGUCUCCAUCCUCAAGUCCUCCUCCACCCAUACGGGCCUGCCUCUUCGACAUGGACGGCCUCCUCAUCGACUCCGAAGACCUCUACUCGAUCUGCACCAACGCCGUCCUCGCCGAAUACGGCCGGCCCAAACUCCCCUGGAGCAUCAAAGCGCAACUCCAAGGCCGCCCUGGCCCCGAAUCCCAACGCAUCUUCCAAGAAUGGGCCCACCUCCCCAUCACCCCCGCCGACUUCACCGCCAAAAUCUCCGCGCUGCAGCGCCAGCACUUCCCCAGCACAAAACCGCUCCCCGGCGUCCCCGCCCUCCUGCGCACCCUCUCGACCUCCCGCGCCCACCUCGCCCUCGCCACCUCCUCGCACGAGGCAAACUUCCACCUCAAAACCAACCAUCUGGCCGACCUCUUCGCCGUCUUCGCCCAGCGCCACCGCGUGCUCGGCGACGACCCGCGCAUCGCGCAGGGCCGCGGCAAGCCGGCGCCCGACAUCUACCUGCUGGCGCUGGAGACGAUUAAUGUGGAUCUGCGGGCCAAGGGGGCGGCGGAGGUGCGGCCGGAGGAGUGUCUUGUGUUUGAGGACAGCGUGCCCGGGGUGGAGAGCGGGCGGCGGGCGGGGAUGCAGGUGGUGUGGUGUCCGCACCCGGGGCUGCGGGAGGAGUAUCGAGGGCGGGAGAGGGAGGUGUUGGCGGGGCUGACGGGGGCGCAUGUGGAUGAGGAGGUGGAUGGGGCGGAGAGGGUCAAGGGGGCGAGCGUGAAGGGGCAGCCGGGGGAGUUGGAUGAUGGGUGGGCGCGGUUGUUGGAGACGUUGGAGGGGUUUCCGUAUGCGAGUUAUGGGAUUGAAAUAGGAGGGGAGAAGGAGAAGGAGAAUGUGAAGCCUGUGGUGGACGGGAUAUAGAGGUGGUAUAGUUAGGGGCGUUGGGAAUGGGCAUUUACAGCAGUCAUCUGGCUCAGCAUAGACAGCGAGAGGAGGUUGGCCCGUCGUUCAAUAGAGAACUAGCAAUAAGUAUUUAGACCAUAGCAUAGAAAGCGAGAUGAGAAUGACAUCUUUCGAUAGAGGACUAGCUGCAAGCAUUUAGACCAUCAUAGAAAGCGAGAGGAGAUUGAUCUGACUUUCAAUAGAGGACUACU